AUAGUUACUGUUUUUACGAUCAUUUUCCAGCACUGCCUGCAGCCAUCUCGGCGUCUACAUUUUGCGAUUUGACUAGUUUUUGUGUAAGAUUUUAUUAUGUCUCCGAAAGCCAAAAAGAUGAAGAUGGUGGUAAAGAUCCCACGACACCCGUACUUCACUGUCCAGAGCGACAGCAUGCAGGAGCACAUGCGGGCUGUGGAGUACCAGGUGCGGAAGUGUCGCGUUAACCUCGAGCGCAUUAAGUCCUCGAAUCCUGGGGGCUCCUCGGCCCAUUCCUGUGCCUUCCCACUAAAACCAAAGCCCAAACGAUGCAUUGUGCGUGUCGCUAGGCUGCCCGAUGUGGAGCGCAGCGAGAUAUCCGUAACCCCAGCCAGUUCCAUAAUAAAUUCCGAAUUUGACGAGGGCAACUCCAGCGAAUAGACUAGAGUGAGAAUAUAAAGACUUGACAUUGCCCAGCAUACAGAAGACUGGCAUCACCAACCACUUCACCCCCACAAAACCCUAACAGUCAUACUCUCCCCAACUAAGGGUUAGAUCAUCUUUUAACUACAUCGGUUGUUCGUUCAAACAUAAGAGAGUUGUGCCAGCAUCGAGCCAACACGUACUUUUUAGCGUAUAAAAAGUAACUUUAUACUUUCAGUUUUUGAACACAUUUGGUUAUUCGUUAGCAUAAAUAUUCUGUUUUUGAUCUUUUUCAAAGUUAUCAGAUGUUUAAAAUGAUUAAAUGAUGCUUAAAUGAAAAAAACCAACAAUAUCGGAAUUAGAAUAACGCAUAAACCUUUAUUGUAAUGACCUUUUCGAUUUUUAAGUUUAUAAGUUUUGAUUAAAAUAAACAUUAUUUUCUAAUAAUCAAUUUGUGAAAGAACA